AUGAAGAACGCACAGAACGCGAUCUUUCUGUCCUCUUCUUCUUCUUUGUCUUCUUUCUUUUUUGUCUUCUUUUACUCCUUCUUCUUCUUCUUCUCAAAGGCUGUGGCUGCUCAACAACAACAACAACAACAACAACUCGAACAACAACAACAACUUAAAAGCAAAAAACCUGUUAUUAAAACGAAAUACGACGUCGAUUACUCGCCGGAUAUUGGUUGGUUAACCGGUCGCGGGACUUACUUUGACGCCUCGCACGAGUGGAAAACGAAAUAUUUCGCCCACCACGAGUUCGGGUACCUGGAAACGAACGGGUGCGGGUAUACGAGCAAAAAAUACGCGCAACGAGAGCCAAAGUCGCUGCCGUUUGCAGUUUCGCGAAGUGCAGUCGCCGCGCUGGCUGACUUUGAAAUGAAAUCGAGCUGCGGACAGUGCUAUGAAGUGAAAUGCGACGAUAACGAAACGAAAAUUCGCAAAUCGUUUCGUCGAAACGACUUCAUCGAGUACAACGAUAACUACACGCGUUUCCAGCAAAACAAAAACGCGAGAGAUUCAUACGGGCGAGAAAUUCAAAACACGACGUUUCCUCCCUCCGAAGAGUGCUUUGACGACGAUGAAGGGAGGACGAAGCUCUGCGAAAGGACGACGUGCUACGAUCGCGAUAAAACACUUUUCAUUCAAAUCAUAGAUAUUUGUCCGUGCGACUACAUUUACGGCCGACAAGAGAUUUGUUGCGGCGAUAUCCCUCACUUCGAUCUCUCGUUUUGGGCGUUCGAGUCGUUAGCGCAUCCUCUGCAAGGGAAAAUGAACCUCUUGUUUCGUCCCGUGGAUUGCGUGACGAAACAACCCUUAGACGCUCGGGAAGGAGCGUUAGCUCACGUGCGCAAAAAUAAGAACGGUGACGAAUAUUACGUGUACGAUGGGAAAACGCCAGUAGGUUUCGCGCCCGGAUGGAGAUUUCGCGUUUGGUACGAUUUGCAGUCCGAUCCAGCGGUCGAAGGUAAAGGCAAAAACGGCGGUUUCGGCGCAUGCUCGGAAUUUAAUUCGACCGGUACUAUGGCUGCGGCAUGCCUUGGUUGUGAGAAUAAUAUCCUACCGUUUUCAGUCAACGGAGAUUCUACGAUGAUGUCACUUCGAAUCCAAAUUAACGACGACGGCGUUAUCGACGAGAACUGCGAAAAUCUCAGUUUCCUUUCGAUAGGACUCGAGAAGCGGCAAGAUCGAGAUGCUACGAGAGAAUACAGCGAGACGCCGUGCGCCAAAUCUAUAAUAUUGAACGAAAGUGAAAGUGUCAGCAUAACUCGCGACGGCGACGGUGGUUGUAUUGUCAAAAUUCCCGUUCACGUGUUUGAAUGCAAACGAGCGAGCGUGAACGCGAAUACGAUAUUUUUGUCCUACGAUUAUCCAAACACGCGCAAAGAAGUUUGUCUCGGCGAAGUAAAGUUAUAUUGA